CUUCUGACAAAAAACUAGAAAAACAUACAAACAAAACCACCAAAACGAAAAAACAAACAAUAAAAUACACCAGAGAAGCCGAAACAUGGAUUAUUUAUAAUGAAGAAGCCUAAGCAAAGGUUACCUUGAGCUUCAGCUCAGGAUACAAACAAAAAAUAAAUCUAUAUAUUGUAUCUGCAUUUUUUUUCUGUUGUUUGUUGCGCAGAUUUUUGCACAACACAGUGGGCGGGGCAAGGAUCAAACAUACACACAAUUGGAUUAGUGUUUUGUUUAUUCGGGAACCCUUUGAAGACCACCACCAGCCACCCACCCACUCUCCCCCACUGGCGCGUCUCGUCGCGUGACGCGUUCCGUUGCGUCGUGUUAAUCGCUCGUGUUUAUCGGUCGCCGAUCGUUAGUCGUGUAUCUUUAAUCGCCAGCCACCAUGCCGAAGAUCUUCCUGAUUAAGAACCGCCUGCAUCAGCAGCAACAGCGCCUCCUCGAAUCACAGAACCUGCUGCAGCACAAGAGCCAGGACGAUGAUCGAUGCCUGGUGCCACCGCUCAGCCCACAUGGCUCUGGCACACCGCACUCGCCCUCGCCAUCGCCAUCGCCCGCACAUCCCCAUCCCGAGCCACAGGGUCAGGGUCAAACGUCAUCGCCAUUCCAGCAGCAGGAUGACCAACAGCCACUGAGUCUCACGCGAAAACGCUUCCACCAUCGCCGUCACUACUUCGGACAGUCGCGUCACAGUCUCCUGAUAGACCAUGGACUCAAUCAAAAUCACAAUCAAAAUCAAAACUCUACGGAAUUGGAUGUCGAACACAGCACAGCAGCAAGUGAAGUUCAAAAUGAAAAAUUUGGUUGCUUGAGGCCGGCCGAAUUGUUGCAGCGCCUGAGCUGCACCACCACCAACCACACCACCACCAGCAGCAUAGCCAAAACCACACCCACACCUACGCCCACACCAACUCCCACGCCCCCCGCAUUAACCACAAAAGACUGCGACGAGAACUCUCCAGAAAAAUCCGUAACAACACCAACAGCAAGCAGCAGCAGCAUACCAAAGCAGCCGACGCCGCAGUCGACGGCGGCAGAGAGGAGCAGCAGCAGUAGCAGCAGCGAAGUAGAUGUAGAAGAAGAGCCCAAUAGAAAAGCGCAAAAAAAAGAUAAGCAAAAAGAGUGCCCAUUAGUAGAGGCGGCCGAAGAAGAAGAGGAGGAGGAAGACGGCGACGUUGACGUUGACGUUGGUAUUGAAGCCCCUCGCCCGCGCUUCUACAACACGGGCAUCGUCCUCACCCAUGCCCAGCGGAAGGAGUACCCCAAGGAGCACCAGCAAGAGCAGCCGAUCGUCGUCAGAGCCAGAAAAGAAAAGGAACAUCACUCGAAUGUGGACUCCGACACAGACUCCGAUGACGGCUGCAAGUUGAUUGUAGACGAGAAACCCUUGCUGCCCGUCGACAAGCCGCUGUCGCUGCGUAUGCGCAGCACCCCGCCCCCGGCAGAGGAGCGUCCCAGUCCACCGCCCCCAAGGGAACCGACGCCCGCUGUCCGCUGCAGCGUGAUCCAACGCGCACCACAGACCACGACAUCAGCCGUAGCUACUGCAGGACACGUCGACUCCCCGCAUCACCAUUAUCAGAAUCAGCAUCCGGAUCAUCAAACGCCCCAAAGAAGCGUUCUAUUGCCCAUUAGUGCCCUCGAUCUCGACCAACUGGGACCGGAGCAGCAGGAACCCAUUGACUAUCACGUGCCGAAGCGGCGUAGCCCUAGCUACGACAGUGACGAAGAGCUAACCGCCCGUCGGCUAGAGAGAGCGCGCCAGGUGCGCGAGGCCCGCAGGCGGAACACGAUCUUGGCAGCACGCGUACUGCUGGCCCAGUCGCAGCGCCUUAAUCCGCGCCUGGUGCGUAGCUUGCCCGGCAUCUUGGCAGCAGCCGCCGGUCACGGGCGUAGCAGCAGCAGUUCCGGUGCAGCCGGACAGGGCUUUCAGUCGUCCGGCUUUGGCAGCGGGAGCAGCUCGGCCGGAUCGGGCAGUGGACAGAACGCCAGCGGUGGUGCCGGUUCGCCGGGAGGCGGCUUUGGUGGUGCCCUAGGAGGCAGCGGAGCCGGAGGCGGUGGCAUGGGCGGAGGCCGUGACGGACGAGGCAACUACGGUCCCAACUCUCCCCCCACGGGGGCCCUGCCACCAUUCUACGAGAGCCUGAAGAGUGGCCAACAGAGCACUGCCAGUAAUAAUACAGGCGGCAGUCAAACAUCCGCAGGACACGGGGCAGGCUCCCACGCAGGCUUUACCGGAAAUCCCAACUUUCUUUCCAUUCAGAACGCUGCUGCGGCGGCCUACAUUAUGUCAGCGGGAGCAGGAGUCAGCGGAGGUGGGGGAGGAGGAGGAGGCGGUGGCUACAUUAAUUGCGGAUCCAACGGAGCAGGAGGAGGAGGUGGCAAUGGCACUGCAAAUGGAGGUGGAGGUACGGUUGGCGGUGGUGGAGCAGCAUCUGCUGCAGGUAUCGAUGCGUACGGCAUUAUACUCAAGGACGAGCCUGACAUCGAGUACGACGAGGCAAAGAUUGAUAUAGGCACCUUUGCACAGAACAUCAUCCAGGCGACGAUGGGCAGCUCCGGGCAGUUCAAUGCCAGCGCCUACGAGGACGCCAUCAUGUCGGAUCUCGCCAGUUCACAGUGCCCCAACGGCACUGUGGAUCCGCUGCAGUUUACGGCCACGCUGAUGCUCAGCUCCCAGACGGACCAUCUGCUGGAGCAGCUCUCGGAUGCCGUCGAUCUGAGCUCGUUCCUGCAGCGGAGCUGUGUGGACGACGAGGGCUCCACCAGUCCGCGGCAGGACUUUGAGCUCGGUUCGACGCCCUCCCUGACGCCCGACUCAGUGUCGGUGACGCCCGUGGAGCAUCACCAUCAUCAUCACCAUAGCAACCACCAGAGUGCGAGCACAGCAUCCCAGUUGGAUGCCCUGCACGAGAAUCUGCUGACGCAGUUGACCCACAAUAUGACACGCAAUGGCGUUAACUCCCAGCAGCAGCAGCAGCAACAACAACAGCAGCAGCAGCAGCAGCAGCAGCAGCAUGUUCAACAGCAGCAACAACACAUACAACAGCAGCAGCAGCACGUGCAGCAGCAACAUAUCCAGCAGCACGUGCAGCAUGUGCAACAGCCGCCACCUUCGUACCAGCAUGCCACCAGAGGCCUGCAGAUGAUGCAACAACAGCAGUCGCAGCACGGUAGCUACCAGCAGCAGUCGGCGUUGAUGUCACAGCAGCAGUUGCUUAGCCAGCAGCAACAACAGUCGCACCACUCGCACCACCAGCAGCAGCAGCAACAUACCGCCGCCUACCAGCAGCACAAUCUGUAUGCUGCCCAACAGCAGCAGCAGCAGCAACACCACCAGCAGCAGCAACAGCAGCAUCACUCGCACCACCAAUUCCACCAGCAACAGCAGCAGUCGCAUCACUCUCACCAUUUGCACCACCAUGACAACAGCAACAUGUCGCUACCAUCGCCCACGGCAGCGGCUGCUGCUGCCGCUGCGGCCGCCGCUGCUGCUGCCGCAGCAGCCGUGCAUCUAGCGCGUCCCAUGAGCAGCAGCAGCAGCUCCGGUACGAACAGCAGCAGCAGCAACAGCAGCAUGGACGCAAAUGCAGCGGCAGCGGCUGCCGCCGCCCUGCUCGACACGAAGCCACUCAUCCAAAGCCAGGAGCAACCACAGCAGGAGAAGCAACUAAAGCUGCUGAAGACAAAGAAGCCAACGAAGCUGUCGAGAGGCAGGUCCAGGAAGAUGCCCCUUCCAAUGGUACCCAAGGAUAUCGAUUGCCUUAUAGUCAAGGAAGAGAUGGAGGAAGUAAAAAAAGAGGUGUCAGAUAUGGACUAUGAUCCUGUAGGGAACGAGUGCAGCAACGGAGCAGGAGGCAGCAAGCUGAGUGGUCGGGCCAAGGCCGUGGCGUAUGGCUCCACGAUGAUCACCCUUGUAUCCACCAUGAAGCCAUCGCCGGAGGUGCCAGCUACACGAACGGUGCAUCGCACCACAUUGCGUUCGUUGGCCACGGCGGCGGCUGCCACGGCCGCUGGCCUCUGUGCGCCAUCGCCCACAGUAUCGGUGCUCAGUCAGAGCAAGGUGUUGCAGCGGCGUUUGGGCCUGCCGCCGGACCUACAGCUGGAGUUUGUGAAUGGCGGACAUGGCAUCAAGAAUCCAUUGGCUGUUGAGAAUGCCCAUGGUGGCCAUCACCGGAUACGCAACAUCGAUUGCAUUGAUGAUCUCAGCAAGCACGGACACCACUCCCAGCAGCAACAGCAACAGCAGCAGCAGCAAUCGUCCCCUCAGCAGCAGCAGCAGACACUUCAGCAUCAGCAACAGCAAUCCCUCCAGCAGCAACAUCAGCAGCAGCACCAGCAUCACAGCAGUGCCAGCAGCAAUGCCAGUAGCCAUGGCUCUGCUGAUGCCCUCUGCAUGGGCGGGUCCGGAUCGGCCAGCCAGGCCGGGGAUGAUUCUGGGGUCAAUGGAAAGUUCGUUUGCCGCGUGUGCAUGAAAACGUUCUCGCUGCAGAGGCUGCUCAAUCGACACAUGAAGUGCCACUCGGACAUCAAGCGUUACCUGUGCACAUUCUGUGGCAAGGGAUUCAACGACACCUUCGAUCUGAAGCGGCACACACGCACCCACACGGGCGUCCGACCGUACAAGUGCAAUCUAUGCGAGAAGAGCUUCACACAGCGCUGCUCCCUCGAGUCACACUGCCAAAAGGUGCAUAGUGUCCAGCAUCAGUAUGCGUAUAAAGAGCGUCGCGCCAAGAUGUACGUAUGCGAGGAGUGCGGCCACACGACCUGCGAGCCAGAGGUGCAUUAUCUGCAUCUGAAGGAUCUGCAUCCGUUCUCGCCGGCGCUUCUUAAGUUCUACGAUAAGCGGCACUUCAAGUUCACCAAUUCGCAGUUUGCCAACAAUCUGCUCGGACAGUUGCCGAUGCCUGUCCACAAUUGAGUUGUGGAUCGUCAACAGUUAGCCCUAAGAUCCCCAACUCCAACUACCAAACCCCCACCAUGUGACUUUGAAGUUUUCUGAAAACUGCCCCCCCAAGCCCCACCACAAAAACACUCCCACAUAGCUGUUUGCUAUAGCUAUGGCGGAGAGGAAGAGAAAGGGAGAUGGAGAUUAUAAUUUGCACUACACAAUUUUUGUAUAUUUUUUGCCUAGAUUUAGAUAUAGUCGAUGAUUCCAACAACACUUUGCUGUGCAAAAAAUCGCUUUCACUCUGUAACGCUCUUAAACAUUUGUUUAACAAUUUUCGUUUUUUAGUUAAUGAUGGAAUUCCGCCUUUCGUUGUAUUAUAAGUACUCUCUUUUUUAUUGAUAUUGUUUUUAAUAUUGGAAAACCUUCUCUUAGUCAAAAACAAAACAGAAAAAAAGAAAUGUUUUGCCCUAAGUAAGUGCAUAAGAUAAUUUUUUUUUUUUAAUGCUUUGAGCAGACACUACACACACACACACACACACACACAUCCACACAUACACAUACACAUGAAUAAUACAAAAAUCAUGAAUACAUUAUACGUAGAAGUAUAGCUAGGAUAUAGCUAAUUUUGUAAGAUGUUUAGAGCUAGAAACCGAACAACAAACAAAAGCUGCAAACGAUAGCAUUUAUUUUGUCACCGCAAAAGAGAACAAAAAACAAGAAGGGAGAAGCAAAUGAACGUAAAGCCUUUCCAAAAGAUACAUAACAAACACAUACACAUGUAAUUUAUUAUUUAAUCACACCAUUAAUCCAUUGUAAAGAGGCAAAAAGCGGAUACAAAUUAAACUAAAACCUAUUAAACUAUAGAAGUAAAGAGAUGCGUGUAAACUAAAGCUGUUCAUAAUUGAAGUCAAAGCCCAACAACAACAACAUAAUCGAAACAUAUUGUAUCUUGUAUAACCAAUCCAUACACUUUAUAUACACAAACACACCAUAAAUAAUUAACAAAUGAA